CACACACACAAAAUAUGAGGACUCCAAAUGCAGCAAAAAUGAACAAGCAGGAAAUACACUUAUUGAAACACCCACAUAGGAGGAGACAUUUGAUAGCAGAAUGCCAGGAUUUUAGAGUUUCCUCGUUCCAAGAAUCCAAGUCCCUGGAUGAGGCGUUCUGAAGCUGUGCCUGCAUUUAUACGUCCUCUGCAGCCAUUCUGUGUAUAUCGGGCAACUUCUGGCCAGGUUCCCCUGAGUUAGCUCUUGAUUUAUUGAAACUUUUCUGUGACCAUCUUGGGUGACAGGAAGAGCCACAUAGCUCAAAAGCAAGGCUUAUAGCUGGUCCGUCAAGCCCUGCUUGGUGCCAGGUCUGCAAAAACGUUCAGGAGAACAGUGACCAAGACAAGAACAUCUGGGGUCUGCUGAGGUCAGAGCAAAAGCCAGGGGGUAGGAGGUCAGAGCCCCCGAGGUUGCACCCAGCCCAUCUGUACCACCAAGGAUCAGAGAUGGACCAGUGGGCAUCCUGGGUGUGCCCCCACCCCAUGCAGCCUCACAGGCCCCGCUCUUAGAAGGGCCCCAUGCUUAAUGCUUGGCUGUCAUCAUCUUGAAAUUCUUGAAAUUCUUAAUCAUUUUGGAACCCUACGUGGAACCCUACACUGGGCCUUGCAAAUAGCUGGUCUCAUCCAGAGAAGGCUGAGCCAGGCCCUGGGACAGCUCAUGCCAACCGCAGGAAACUGACCAUUCACCGAGGGGAGAACCUGCCCAGAAGAUGCAGAUGACAGCUGGCCCAGUCUCACUGCUGUCCCAGGCCGUGCUGUGAUUUGGAGAAGGGCAGUUCUGCUGUGGUUAAUGAGGGGAACGUUGUCUUCACUGGGAACAGAAAGGGGAACUGUAAAUGCAAACAUGUUUUACUAGGAAGAACUUCAGCCAGUUCUCAGCACUGUUUUCACCUGACCACACAGUGCCCUGUGUCCCCGGCUUCCUCCAUACUCUGACCAGCUCUAAAAACCAAACACAGAAGAGGCUGGAGAAGGAAACGAGCGGUGUCUAGAACAGCAAAGAGGGCACAGGUGAGCUGACCCUCUGUGACUGGGCUCCAGCCUCAGACUCUGCUGCCACAAGGGACUUCCGUGCCGGUGAGAUGACCCGGAGGGCUGGGGCUGCCGGGCUGCCUUCUGCUCUGCUCCUUCUCUGUGUCCCAGGCUGUCUGACUGUGAGUGGCCCCAGCACUGUGAUGGGCACUGUGGGGUCAUCCCUGAGUGUGCAGUGUCAGUAUGAAGAGAAAUACAAGAUGUUUAACAAAUACUGGUGCAGACAACCAUGCUUGCCAUUUUGGCAUGAAACUGUGGAGACCACAGGGUCUGAGACAGUGGUGAGGAGUGACCGAGUGAUCAUCACAGACCAUCCUGGGGACCGUACCUUCACCGUGACCUUGGAGAACCUCACGGCAGAAGAUGCAGGAAAAUACCGAUGUGGGAUUGCAACGAUACUGCAGGAAGACGGCCUGUCCGGCCUCCUGCCCGAACCCUUCUUCCAGGUUCAAGUGCUGGUUUCCUCAGCCUCCACCACAGGCUCCAGGGCCGAGAACUCUGUGAAGACACCUGGAUCUCCCACCGGGCCUGGCCAAUGCCGAGGGUCCAGCAAUGUCUACUUCCUGCUCCUCUUACUCCUGAAGGUGCCUCUGCUCCUGAGCACACUCGGUGCCAUCCUCUGGCUGAGCAGGCCUUGGAGGACUCCUUGGACAGAGCCACGGGCAGGAGAACUUACAACACCCUAUGACCAUUGGUGUCCUGCCUGGAGACACAACCCCUCUGACUACAGAAAGGACUUCUGACCCUGACCCUCAUAUUUCUUUCCAUCUUAUUGCCAGAUACUUGUUAAAAAUCAAAGUUACAAUAAAAAUGUAGGCUGGGUACGGUGGCUCACACCUGUGAUCCCAGCCCUUUGG